AUGUUUUCCCUCACUUGCCGUCGCUUAUUAUUGCGACACACCGUCACUCACCGUUGUAAGAGUGUGAAUAGUGUAACUUUGGUUGGUGUAGUACAUGACAUCCAGAGCGGGUUUGUGUACGAAGACGCCGUUACCCAGUUUACUCUCACCACGACAAGCAUUGACACCACACAUCCAACACAGGAGGUGGUGGUAGAGAAGGAUCACCACACUAUUCGUUGCUUUGGAGAGCUCUUCUCCGCAGAAGUAAAACAAAAAAUUAAGGAGGGAAAUGUGGUUUGCGUGAAUGGAAGACUGCGACUCAGUCCACAGUUGGAACCUUCAUGCAACAAACACUUUUACUUUCCCUACAUCCAAGUUCAACCACCACAUGGUCAAGUGGCUGUGAUUCACGGCGACCGUAGAACCACACCGGCACCGGUGAAUCCAACCGUGGACGAGAUACCUGCUGAGAAAGAGGGCAACAACAACAACAGCAGCAGCAGUGCAAACUCAUCUUGA